AUGAUAUGGCGAUGCAGUGCUGGUGCUGAAUUGUUCUCUCUGAUGGCUCUAUGGGAGUGGAUAGCACUGAGUCUUCAUUGCUGGGUUUUAGCAGUUGCUGCUGUCUCGGAUCAGCAUGCCACAAGCCCCUUCGACUGGCUCCUCUCUGAUAAGGGACCCUUCCAUCGCUCACAGGAAUACACUGAUUUUGUGGACAGAAGUCGACAGGGAUUUAGCACAAGAUACAAGAUUUACAGAGAGUUUGGCCGCUGGAAAGUAAACAAUCUUGCUGUGGAAAGAAGAAAUUUCCUUGGCUCCCCACUGCCACUAGCCCCCGAGUUUUUCCGUAACAUCAGGCUGCUGGGACGGCGCCCGACCCUUCAACAGAUCACAGAAAACCUGAUCAAGAAAUAUGGGACACAUUUCCUGCUCUCAGCUACCCUGGGAGGAGAGGAGUCACUCACAAUUUUUGUGGACAAACGGAAGCUGAGCAAGAGGUCGGAAGGGAGCGACCCCAGCACCAACAGCUCUGUGGUGACGCUGGAGACCCUGCACCAGCUGGCAGCCUCCUACUUCAUCGACAGGGACAGCACCCUGCGCCGGCUGCACCACAUCCAGAUCGCCUCCACAGCCAUCAAGGUAACGGAGACACGGACGGGUCCCCUCGGCUGCAGUAACUAUGACAACCUAGAUUCUGUCAGCUCUGUUCUGGUUCAGAGUCCUGAAAAUAAGAUUCAGUUGCAAGGUCUUCAGGUCAUCCUUCCUGAGUACUUGCAGGAGCAUUUUGUGCAGGCAGCUCUGAGCUAUAUUGCCUGCAAUUCAGAGGGGGAGUUCAUCUGCAAGGACAAUGACUGCUGGUGUCAGUGCGGCCCCAAAUUCCCGGAAUGCAACUGUCCCUACAUGGACAUUCAAGCCAUGGAAGAGAACCUGCUCCGCAUAAGCGAGACCUGGAAUGCAUACAACAGUGAAUUUGAAGAAUCUGAUGAAUUCAAAUUAUUUAUGAAGAGGCUGCCUAUGAAUUAUUUCCUGAACACAUCUGCUGUGAUGCAUUUGUGGACAAUGGAUUCUAAUUUCCAACGCCGCUAUGAGCAGCUGGAGAGCAGCACGAAGCAACUCUUCCUCAAGGCUCAGAAAACGGUGCACAAGCUCUUCAGCCUCAGCAAGAGGUGCCACAAGCAGCCACUCAUCCGCAUGCCAAGGCAGAGGUCUUCCAACUAUUGGCUCAACCGCAUCCAGUCGUUUCUCUACUGCAACGAGAACGGGCUCCUGGGAAGCUUUUCUGAAGAGACCCACACGUGCACCUGCCCCAAUGACCAGGUGGCCUGCCACGGGUUCCUGCCCUGCACAGUUGGGGACGGCCCCGCGUGCCUGAGCUGUGCCCCUGACAACCGCACACGCUGUGGGAGCUGCAACGCCGGCUACAUGCUGAGCCAGGGGCUCUGCAAGCCCGAGGUGGCUGACUCCACCGAGCACUACAUCGGUUUCGAGACGGACCUGCAGGACCUGGAGAUGAAGUAUUUGUUGCAGAAGACAGACCGGAGGAUCGAGGUCCACGCCAUUUUCAUCAGCAAUGACAUGCGCCUCAACAGCUGGUUUGAUCCCUCGUGGCGCAAGCGGAUGCUCCUGACUCUUAAGAGCAACAAGUACAAGUCCAGCCUGGUCCACAUGAUACUGGGCCUCUCUCUGCAAAUUUGCCUGACUAAGAACAGCACCUUAGAGCCCGUCCUUGCUGUUUAUAUCAACCCUUUUGGAGGCAGCCACUCUGAGAGCUGGUUUAUGCCUGUGAAUGAAAAUAAUUUCCCAGACUGGGAGCGGACUAAACUGGACUUACCCCUUCAGUGUUAUAACUGGACGCUGACUCUGGGCAACAAGUGGAAGACAUUUUUUGAAACUGUGCACAUCUAUUUGAGGAGUCGAAUAAAGUCAAACGGUCCAAAUGGCAAUGAGAGCAUCUACUAUGAACCCCUGGAAUUUAUUGAUCCCUCAAGAAAUCUGGGCUACAUGAAAAUCAACAAUAUUCAAGUGUUUGGCUACAGCAUGCACUUCGACCCAGAAGCAAUUCGAGACUUGAUUUUGCAGCUGGACUACCCCUACACUCAGGGCUCACAGGACUCAGCACUUUUGCAGCUGUUGGAGAUUCGGGAUCGUGUAAAUAAACUCUCUCCACCCGGCCAACGUCGUCUGGACCUCUUCUCUUGCUUGCUCCGUCAUAGACUCAAACUGUCUACCAGUGAAGUGAUGAGGAUCCAAUCUGCUUUGCAGGCCUUUAAUGCCAAAUUGCCAAACACAGUGGACUAUGACACAACCAAAUUAUGUAGUUAA